GCCUCGCUUUCGCGUUGAUUACAGUCGCGGGGCUGCCGGGAGUUGUGGUCCAACACGGCGCCUUCUACCCUAUGGAGCGAAUGCACUGAACUACAAUUCCCGGCGGCCUCGGCAGUUCCUGCUUGUGACAAUCCCUUGCAAUGGCGGAGGCUGAGAGGGACCGGUCUGGGAAGGAGUCUGGGGGCAUUGAGAGCAGCGCAGAAUCAGGACAUGGCUUACUGCCCCCAGUCAGCCCUGGGCGAUCCAGACGGAGGCGAACGACCAGCCAGUGUAAGUCAAAGCCCCCUCUGCUUCGAACCAGCAAAAGGACCAUCUACACCGCUGGGCGUCCACCUUGGUACAAUGAGCAUGGGACACAGUCAAAGGAGGCCUUUGUGAUUGGUCUAGGUGGUGGCAGCGCGUCAGGUAAAACCACAGUUGCCAGGAUGAUCAUUGAAGCAUUGGAUGUUCCCUGGGUGGUCCUUCUAUCAAUGGAUUCUUUUUACAAGGUGCUGACGGAAGAACAGCAAGUUCAGGCAGCUUGCAAUGAAUAUAACUUUGAUCACCCAGACUCCUUUGACUUUGAGCUUAUGAUCAGUACAUUAAAGAAGCUAAAACAGGGAAAGAGUGUAAAAAUUCCCACGUAUGACUUCACUACACACAGCCGAACCAAAGACUGGAAAACGCUUUAUGGAGCCAAUGUGAUCAUAUUUGAAGGGAUCAUGGCAUUCGCACAUGCUGAGCUUCUGAAGCUUCUAGACAUGAAGAUUUUUGUAGACACAGAUUCUGACAUCCGCCUUGUACGAAGGCUACGGAGAGACAUCACCGAACGGGGCCGGGAUAUUGAAGGAGUCCUUAAGCAGUACCAUGCCUUUGUGAAGCCUGCUUUUGACCAGUACAUACAGCCCACCAUGCGUCUUGCGGAUAUUGUAGUGCCAAGAGGUAGCGGUAAUACUGUGGCCAUUGACUUGAUUGUGCAGCAUGUACAUAGUCAACUGGAGGAGAGGGAGAUCAGUGUCAGGGCUGCCCUGGCCUCCGCCCAUCAAUCGCAGCCACUGCCUAGGACACUCUGCGUCUUGAAGGAAACUCCUCAAGUAAGCGUCAUGCACACCAUUAUAAGGAACAAGGAAACAAGCCGGGACGAAUUCAUCUUCUAUUCUCGUCGGCUCAUGAGGCUUCUGAUAGAACAUGCACUUUCCUUUCUUCCAUUCAGGAGUUGCACUGUGCAGACCCCACAAGAACAUGACUACCAUGGAAAGACCUAUGAUGGCAAGAGGAUAACUGGAGUUUCUAUACUAAGAGCUGGAGAGACUAUGGAACCUGCGCUUAGAGCCGUAUGUAAAGACGUGAGGAUUGGAACCAUUCUCAUCCAGACCAACCCCAGCACUGGUGAGCCAGAGCUGCAUAGAGCUGAGCCGGGAUGUCAACAUAGAGAUCACAUGACCUGCCCCCCCAAUCCCCUCAGAGCCUGAAGCAGGAGUCCAGGGGAGUACUGAACUCACCAGCUCCUUGUGGCAGCAGACAGCAUGGAGGAAGAAGCAGAGGAAACUUGACCUGUAGUUCUGGAAUUGUGGAGCUCCUGAUAAGGAUUUCUUGUCUGUAGGGGGAGAGUUAAACCACUUUUUCUCUGCCCUUCAUAAUAUUUUACUCUGAAGCACACACUCCUCUUGUUUCAGUUUGAGUCAGGCUCUUGAAUACAAUGACAGCAGUGUACACUGAUACUGCACACUACAACUGUCCUUACACAGUACAUUAUCCCAGUUUUUGCAACCAGUGUGCAUCCAGCUGUUGCAAAACUACUACUCCAAGCAUGUUGGGAGUUGUAGCUUUACAACAGCACUACCCCAAUGCAUUAUCCCCCUUCUCACUGCAGCAUUAUGCAUUUUUCUUUAUCUAAGAGCCCGUGACCCCGCGUCAUAUCGGGUUGGUCCCGGCGGCUAACGGACCCGUGGCUAAUACCAGACAUCUCAGAUCAUGGUGAUGUCCGGUAUUAACCACUUAGAAGCGGCGAUCAAAGUUGAUCGCCGCAUCUAAAAUGGGAAAAAACACAUCCCGGCAGCUCAGUCCGGCUGAUUGGGACCACUGUGGUGAAACCGCGGUGUCCCGAUCAGCUGAGGACACAUGAGGAGGGUCCCUACCUUUCUCCUCGGCGUCCGAUCGGCGAUUGAUUGCUCCAAGCCUUAGAUCCAGGCUUGAGCAAUCGACCUCCGAAAAGCCUGAUCAAUGCAAUGCUAUGGGCAUAGCAUUGAUCAGUGCCUGCAAUCAAUAUAAUGCAUGUUAUAGUCCCCUAUAGAGGCUAUAACAGUGC